AUGCCUACCAACAGUAACAUCGUCAAAACAAUCAAUAAUCCUAAUCGGUUUGGUCCACAACCAGGUGGUAGUUUAAUGAAUCGAACAGUACCAAACCCGGCUCAACAAGCUAACCGUCCAGGACCCAUGAAUUCUGCAUAUUUAUCAUCUUCGAUGUCUCAAAGAACAGUUGGAGCAACGCCAAUGAUGAAGGUUAAUGGAAGAAUUGGUAGUAAUAAUGUAGCAUCAUGGAAUUAUACACCAGGUUCGUUAGGUUCAACACCAAGGUCGUCUUCAGAACAAGAUAAAAAGAAUUAUUCUACGAAAGUAGGAGGCAAUGUAUCAAUGAUACAACCAUUAGCUUCUUCUGGUGUACCUAAUGCGUACUCGAUAAACGUACCUGAAACUCCAUCAUUAACUUAUUCCUCGACAACAACACCAUCCGCUUCAUCAACAACUUCGUCGUCAUCGACAACGAUAUCAACAAGCUUACCUAACUCUGGGCCAUUCCCGCCGUCAUCAUUAUCGUCAGGUAUACCGAAUUUACAAUCGAACAUGGUAAUAGUUGUACCAAGUGGACAAUCUAUGAAUUCGACAACAUCAACAUCUGUAACGACAUCAAUCGAUGGAUAUGGAUUACUUGGACUAUUAAGUGUAAUACGGAUGACAGAUCCUGAUUUAAACAUGUUAUCAUUGGGCAGUGAUUUAACAUCACUAGGUUUAAAUUUAAAUUCACCAGAUUCGCCAUGGGCAGAUAAUAAUCAAGCUAUUGGAUUUAUUGAACCCGAGUAUCAUCUUCCUACAUGCUAUAAUGUACAACCACCACCACCUGCACCACAAAAAAUAAAAUCAUUUUCUGAUGAGACAUUAUUUUAUAUUUUUUAUAGUAUGCCAAAAGAUUUUUUACAGGAAGCUGCUGCAUAUGAAUUAUUUAAUCGAAAUUGGAGAUUUCAUAAAGAUUUGAAACUUUGGUUAACGAAAGAACAAGGAGCUGAACCAUUUAACAAAUCUCAAGUAUUUGAACGUGGAACAUUUAUAUUUUUUGAUCCUAGUGCAUGGGAAAAGUUUCCCCGGGAAAUUGUUCUUAUGUAUGAUUCAUUAGAAGAUAAAGAUCAAGCAAUGUAUUUGGAGUAA